AUGUACUACGGCAGCCACAUGGAACUUCAAGCGCUCCAUUUAGCAUUUGAUAUGUUACGGCGGGGAGAAUUUGCAUCUGACAUACUGUUGCUCCACUCUGUCAGUCAAAUGAUACAUGGGAGACUAGGAGAAGAAUAUAAGGUAGACGAAUCUUUUGUGGUGGAAAAAUGUAGAGAGUUCCAUCCCCACGAGGAGUCUAUCACUAAAGAAUUCAACAAGGUCAGAGAGGGGACACCACUUCAAUAUGAAUUUUACAAUCGAGAGAAGGAUUAUCGCUUCAAACUAGAUUGUGCUUCAUCAAUAGCCGAUCUUGACGAAAAGAACUACUAUAGUGCUGCUGAAGGGUUUCUUAACCUCGUCAAAGACGUCGACAAGUAUGAUUACUCUAAAGUACUCUCAUCAGAGGAUAUCAUCACAUACGGACUCGUGUGUGCUAUGGCCACCUUUGAUCGAGCAAAACUUCAGGGAGCGGUUAGGAAAGUCAUGGAACCCGUCGGGGUGGUUCAUCAUCUCAAAGAGAUUAUCAAACCUUUCGGAGUUGUUUUCUACCUCACGGAAAUCAUCAAACACUUCCUUGAAGAGCGGUUUAGUGCUUGCAUUGAACUUUACACGAUGGGCUUUGUGGAUCCCAGAAACGAGAAUGAGGUGAGAAGAAUCAUUCUCGACUCUGGAGGCUUAGUCGUCCCCGAAUCACAAGUGAUCAGAUUGAUUGAAAGCAAAAAAAUUCAGGGGCGUAUUGAGGAAUCAUCUGGACGCAAAUUUCUCCACCUUACCAAGCAAAGGCUGUAG